GGUAACUAUGACAAUGGCCACCGUUCUCAGCCAAUCACGAUCGAGCUUUCCCGCCUCCUAUACGCGUUCUCCGCCAUCUUGAAAAUUACACCCGCAGUUAGUCAAGAAGUCGCUCCCCCCGCGAGCCAAGAAGCACAGCAACUCUUCAUCAUCAUCAUCAUCAUCGCCGCCGCCGCCGCCGCCGUCGUUGUCCCGGUAAUGAACGGCUCACGGAACAAACCGGCACCGACUGUCAGCGCAGCUCUCACGGACGCGGACGCCGGCGCGGAGACGACGAACCACCGGGAGCGAAAGAGCGGCGGAGGAAUGCUGAAGAAGCUGAAGUCGAGGCGCAGUCAGACGGAUCGGUGGCCUGUGGUGACCGAGGAUGAGCUCCGGGCUCUGGGGACGGACAUCACCCCGGACCACGUCCUCGGGCUCCGGGCCGUCACUGAGGACUACCUGUGCAAACCCGAGGACAACAUCUACAACAUCGACUUCACACGUUUUAAAAUCAGAGAUCUGGAAACGGGAACGGUGCUGUUUGAGAUCGCCAAACCUCCCAACAGCGGUGCUGUGGACGGUGAAGAGGACGGAGCAGACGUGGACACCAGUGCGGGGCGCUUUGUGCGCUAUCAGUUCACUCCAGCCUUCCUAAAGCUGUGUACCGUCGGAGCGACUGUGGAGUUCACAGUGGGCGACCGGCCCAUCAACAGCUUCCGUAUGAUAGAGAGGCAUUACUUCCAGGGACGCCUGCUCAAGAACUUUGACUUUGACUUUGGAUUUUGCAUCCCCAACAGCCGCAACACAUGUGAACACAUUUACGAGUUCCCACAGCUUCCAGAGGAGCUCAUUCGCCAGAUGGUGGCGCACCCUUACGAGACCAGAUCAGACAGUUUCUACUUUGUGGACAACAAACUCAUCAUGCACAACAAGGCGGACUACGCCUACAACGGCGGUCUGUAACAGCUGAAGGGAAGAAUGUGUGCAAUACUUCCCAGAGGAUUCAUUUCCUGGAUUACAACCAUCCAGAAGCUUCUUCCUGGGGAGGCGGACAGAAGUUAUUCCUACCAGCGUUCUUCAGAAUCAGCGGAGCACGUCCGGGAUCCAUCCAUCAGUACCUCACCGAGCUCCGGUUCUGGGCCUCCGACGAACGCUCUGUUAAACUGACGAGGAUCACGUUACCGCUCCGACACGUUUGCCUUAAGUUUCUUGCCGUCUCUGCUGGAAAGGGACACGGACCUCGCACAGACUGUGUUAGUUAUGACUUUACUUUAAGUAUGUAGACGAUAUCGGUUGAUGUUUGUUUUGAACUUCCUUCUGCAGUCGACUCUUUUGUGUUUCCGUUGUGGAACAGCGAGCGUCAACCAGAUUGUUUUACAGUAUUGUUAGUUAGAGACGAUCAUGUAGCGCUAGUUUGAGUUUCAUUCUUCCUUUUAAUAUCAGUCAGUUAGUGAAUCAUCGUGACUCUUUGUGUCAGACGUUUAAAAGGUCCAGUGUGUAUCUAGAGGUUGCAACUCCCUCGCUUCACCCGUCCAAGCCUGAAGGAGAAACAGCGUUCAAUGUCCUACAGUUCAACACUUUUUAUGUUUAGAGUUAGUUUAAAAUAGAAACUUAUUGGGCACCUGACCAAUCCCAGUCCCUGACAGACAGUGGGAUCAAUAAUAGAUAAAAACAGCUCGUUCUAAGGUUACAGUUCCCGUAUUCAGGUGAUUACACACUAAUGAAAACAUCCCUAUGAAUAUUAUAUUCCAUGUCUGACAACAGAUCCUCCUCAGUGUUACACACCGGACCUUGAAGUCAACCUUAGAUUAUAAUCUUCAGACAUUUAAAGCAACAUUAUGUAAGAUUUGGGAUUUGUUUGGGAUUUGUUUGGGAUUUGUUUGGGAUUUGUUUGGGAUUUGUUUGGGAUUUGGUGCCUCCAGUUGUCCCACGGUGGUAAAUAUGGACAGAUUAUCUUUGCUAACACAGCCGAACGUCAAGCAGGUGCAGCAACAUAAGAGCAUAGCAUGCAGCUAAUAUUACUAACAGCUGUCUGUCUGCAGCUUUUUAUUUCACCAAGUUCUCACCAACGACUAAAAGCCAAUCCCACAUUCCUCUGAGGUGUCUGCCGUCAGCCGGGUCCACAGAAGCUGCUGAGCCCGGUUACGUUGCUCCUCCCGGUGGUUACCGGUGAGAACCAUUCACCCUGUUACAACUCAACGUGACUUUAAAUCUGUUAUUUGAAGGUAGUAAAGUUACGUAAUGUUGCUUUAAUUCAGCACAAGCUGUCAAACAUCCUCUACACUCUGGGAAACGUAGCAGCAGAGUUACUGGACCUUCUGCUCUCUUCAUCCACUCUUAAUCACGGUUGUUUAUUCCUUCGAGGUCUUCCUGGUUUAUCUGGCCCGACUGCGGCUCUGCACUCAGGUUCUACCAAUCAAAGUACCACAGUAGCACAAAACAGGGCGACACUGAGCGGGGUCAGCGAGGGUUUAUUUUAUUAAUGGAGGCUGUUUUCAGGACUUCAGUCCAACUAUAAUACGUUUAAUUUAGAUACAGAGGCAAUUAAAUGUUGCUUUUAAGAUACAUAACUAUCAGAAAUCUGCAUUUUCACACGUCUGUUUGCUCAAUUAAUCGAUUAGCUGUUCAUAAAAUGUCAGAGCAAUGUUGAUCGCUGUUUCCCAAAGCCCGAGGUCCACAACUCAAAGAUAUUCACUUUACUGUCACUUUAUUUAAGUUACAUUAACUCAUCUGGUUUCACAGUGUAAUAAAACAGCUGGCACAUCAUUUAUAAUCAAUAACAACCCUCCAAUAAAACAUUUUAUAUAUAAUUAUAUCUGCUGAAAGUCUCAGUGUCCGCUGUGAUUGGUCGGAUCAAUUCCUUUUGAUUUUCACAUUAUAGAGAAAUUAAUAGAAAUCAGAAAUCGACCUGAAGGAACUUUUAACUUUUUAUGUAAUUUACAUUAAAAUCAUGUAAAACGACAGAAACAGUCUUUACUGCACAUUAACCUGGAUUCAACGUGCCUUAAACCCGACGUUCAUUCAGUCUGUUCAUCCACCUGUGAGACAAACACCUGUUCACUGUCUCACUGUGUAGCCCGUUAACGACCCGUUAACGACCCGUUAACAACCCGUUAACGACCUCAGGCAGCCGCAGUGUUCGCUCUGUGAUCCAACCUCGUAAUGAACAUUGUUACAGUAUCAGAGGUUUGUUCAGUUAUAAUCUGGUGGUAUAAAUGCCUUCAUAAGUGGGAACGCUUUGCACAAAAGAAACCAAGAACAUAUUGUGUAACCUGUUGAUUGGACUCUUUUCAUAUUGGCUGAUUUUACAAAAUGUUCAUGUUGAUUUAUUGUAAAUAAAAAUGUCUCAAUGAAAAA